GAGGGCAGGGUCCGGCACCACCGGCGGCAGUCGCCGGAGCCGGGCAGGAGCUCCCCCGAGAGGAAGAGCCCCAGCUCCCCCGUUUGCAAAGCAGACAAAUCAAGACCACCUUCAUCAAGCCCUUCCAGUAUUGUUCGCCGGACUUCCUCGCUGGACACACUUGCUGCUCCGUACCUUGCUGGACAGUGGCCUCGUGAUAAUCAUGGACAAGCUGCUCCAUGUAUGAGAGACAAAGCCACACAGACAGAAAGUGCCUGGGCUGAAGAAUAUUUAGAAAAGAAGAGAAACUCACACAAACGUUCAUCAUCAUGGGGCAGCAAUGAACAACUCAAGGAGAUUGCAAAAUUGCGUCAACAACUGCAGAGAAGCAAACACAGCAGUCGGCACCACCGCGAUAAGGAGAGGCAGUCUCCAUUUCAUGGCAACCAUGCUGCCAUUAACCACAGUCAGGCUCCCAUUCCAAAGAGUGCUCUCGUUCCUGUGAUACCUAUUACCAAAUCAACAGGAUCACGAUUCCGGAACAGUGUAGAAGGACUGAAUCAGGAGAUUGAGAUAAUAAUUAAGGAGACGGGAGACAAGGAGGAACAACUUGUUCCUCAAGAUAUUCCAGAUGGGCACCGUGCACCACCCCCGGUGGUUCAGCGCAGCAGCAGCACUCGGAGCAUUGAUACCCAAACACCCGGGGGAGCAGACAAGGGCAGUAACAACAGCAGCCGCUCCCAGUCAGUGUCUCCAACCUCCUUCCUUACCAUCUGUAAUGAAAGCAGUGAAGAAAGUCCCUGUUCUACAGAUGAUCUUCUUGGUGACUCCAGAGAUAAAGAGAAUGGGAAUAAUUCUCCUUUGCCAAAAUACGCUACCUCACCAAAACCCAACAACAGCUACAUGUUCAAGCGUGAACCUCCCGAGGGCUGUGAAAAGGUGAAAGUCUUUGAGGAAAACUUGCCAAAGCCAUUGCAUGAAAUUCCAGCCUUCUAUUGCCCUGACAAGAACAAAGUGAAUUUCAUUCCGAAAAGUGGCUCUGCUUUCUGUCUUGUCAGCAUCCUCAAGCCACUUCUUCCCACACAGGAUCUCACACUUAAGGGCACUACACACAGCCUGACUGUCUCCUCCAGCAUGACGCCUGGUUUGUUACAGCCCAUUUCCAUGGCCGCCUUGACUACAAACACAGAUCAAGACAGGAUCUCUCGUGGAACAAGCACAGUAAUACCACAGUCCUCUCUGCUCCAGCCGUCCGGAUGUAUUGAGGAAGCUGAAGAAUAGGUUUAGAUUGUCUUGACACUUUUCUGGGCAACUACUGGGGAAAAAAAAUGGAACCAGUUGACUGGACCUUUCUAAUCACACUAUUUGCAUUGUUUUAAGAAUUUAUGGCACUGCCAUAAUCAAACUGUUUGUAUAAUUGACAGUUUGGUAGCACAUUGAGAAGUUCAGGAGGAUGCAGCAGCUGAUGCGCUGUUGCACUUUCUGCUUAUAAAGACUAUGGUUCUGUUUCUCUCCUGCUUUUUUAAACACUGGUGAAAACAAAGACACUCAUAAUCCUUUGCCAUUCAAAGGACCAGUUGUUGUGAUACUGUGUGUCCUUUGACUUUUUUUCUCAUUAAAACAAAAAUCCCGAGACCAACCAGCUGAUCCCAUUUACCAUUGUAAUCUGCAGAGGGAGGGGCAAUCAGAUGGUUUUGCAAGAUGUCUUUUGUAUGAAAAUGUGUAUUUUGUAACAAAAAUUUGCCUUUUCUGGUUCGUAGCAGAUGGUGUUUCCUGAGGAUGAUCCCCUCCCCCUCUUUUUUUGUUUUUCUUUUGUAGGGAAGGUUCUUUUAUACUUGGCUGGUUUACAGCUGAUGGGACCAAAGGAUUGCUGAAUUACUUCUGCAGUCUCAAAUUAUGUGACCUUGCUGAACAGCCUCAGCUCUAAACAAAACAAGACAAGUUAAUACGUUUGAAACUUUUAAAACAGAAGAGUAUGCAAAAAAAAGGUGUUAGUAUAUAGUGUACAUUUUUUUGAUAUUGAAAAUUUGUGCUUCUGGUAAGUCACAUUCUUAAAACACCUUCCUUCACAGAAUUCCUACUACUGUUGGCUUAUUGACUGGAAAAUUGCAUUUUAAAGCACUUGCCCCAGUAUUGUUGUAUUUGUUCAUAGAAUUUUUGUGCAGAGGUAGGGAAAAAAGAUAUUGUCCUCUUACUUGGUAUUCUUUCUUCCAGAAAAUACUUGGCUCUUCCAGGCUUGCUUGACUACUUACAAAGUUAGUCAGCCUGAGUCAUUAAUCACUCUUGGUACAAAUUUGCUCUGACGUGACUCAUCACUGUAUUAUAGACCCUGGCCACAUAGUACUGAAAUACUUGUGCAUGGUUUCCUCCCUGUUGUCAUAGUGGUGUUUGUGUGUCCGUUGAAGGUGAUGGUUUGUCAGGCAUGAUAUCUGUUAUGCAGAAGUUUACAGCAGCAGAUACAUUCUCCCUUUUUGACUAGCAACUUAGGUUGGCAUGUAAAACAAAGGGUUUUUCUUUUUUUGAUACUUGGUCUGUCCAGAUAAUGCAGCAGUUAACAGUUCCUUUGAAAUUACAAUAAAAGAGGAAAAUGGGGGGGAAAGGCAGUUGCAAACAGAAACUGUUCAGGAACUUCAGUGAGGUUCCUCAUGUGUUCCUGGAGUUCAUUACUUGGGUUUGAGUAAAUACAAUAUAGAUAUGCAAAAACCUGCAAUGACCUGAAUACCAGUGUCAUAUCAACCUACAAAGUCGAUCUUGCACCUCUUUUACAGAGUUAGGUUUGGUAAUUUCAAAGCGUCAUCCUGGGCAGUCUCUUGCUCUCAGUAUUGGUCUGUUACACACGAGCAGUUCUCGCUGGCUUCCACACACAUACCUUUCACAAAUCCCUUGCAUACUCAGGUCUCCUCAUAAUGGCAACUAUUUAAAGAUGAUACUGCAAAUAUAACAGGUUUGUUCAGUGCUUAAUAUGAUAAAUUUGCUUGCAAACACUUGACUUGGGAGCAAAAAACCUUGCGUAUGUGUGCAGAUAAUAAUCAUCGUUUCUAUGAACGUUUGCUGUUACGUUAAAUCCUCUGUAAGUAACUAUUAUAGCAGUGUACUUUACUCAGCAAGUGUAAAUUGUACUAGAAUCUGAAAGUCCUGUGUUUACAGCAUAAUGAACCCAUUCUUACAACAUUAUGCAAAAAAACCAGUAAAUGAAAAAUGUACCAGGAAGCAUUAAAAUAUUACACCUGUUAAAUUAGCAAACAAACAGAAUUUGGCUUACUUUCUAUCUUCUUCUUGAAAACAGAUAGGAUUGUUUUGAAGUAACAGUUCUGCUUUGCACUGACAAUGUCAGUUAACUGAAGUUGUUCAGGACCAGUUUUAAAAUAAGUGGCUUUGUGCAUCAAAUUUAUGUAAUUUUGCCAGUUGAUAAUUCUUUUCUAGGCUUUGUGGAUAUUAAUUAGUUUCUUCUGAAACACUACAGUGCAAUUUGAAGUCUAAAAUUUACUGCUUUAGGUAGGUUUUUUUUUAAACCUGAUGUGACUGAAUUCAGAUCAUGUUCAGGUGAAGGAAGUACUUCUGAGUCUGUUUUCUAUUUCUGUAACAGUAGCGUGUAAAGAACUUUUCCAUCAUUGCCAAACUGCCUAGUGCUUUAUUAGGAGAUCUUAACUGAAUGGUUAAGAACCAAAGGGCUAAAGUUAACAAAUAGCCUUUAUUACAGCCUUGACACUUAACUGACUUCACCAAAACUGCAUUCUGAUGUUUGUUUUCAUCACAGAGUGACUCUCCCAAUAGCGGUGGGCUUUCGUACUGUAGGACUUCCUUUUGCACCUGUUGUUGUAGUACUUCAAGUAUCUCUUUGGUAGUUUACCUUGUAUGUUAUUGGACAAUGUACUGUAUAAAUUAGUGAGCUGCUCUGAUAAAAACCAAAUGCAAAUGUGUCAAGUUUUUGCUUUUUGUAAAGAAAAAAAAAAACCACAAAAAACCCAACUGCAUUCAGGACAACAUUCAGUCUUUUUUAUAUGCAGGACAACUCUACUAUUGCUUGGCAGGUGGACUUUAUUAUGAAUCCACACUAAAGACUCAGAAUUAAGAAAAUAUGACAGCUUUGUUCUGAGACCAUCUUUGACAUGUGUGCAGACAAAAAAUUAGCCUUAAACUUUUUAUGUGCUGUCUUGUGCCAUAGCAUAGCUGUUAGAUAAAGUAUUUAAAUCUAUUUCAAAUAGCUUUGAGAGUGCAUGGAGCUUUUUAAAAAUUCUUUUAUGUAUAGAGUGGGAUAUCCAUUUUUUGGAGGAGCUGACCUUGCAUUGCUCAAGCAGAGUUUUACUGAAAGAGUCUAAAUUCUUUUGUUAUACUUAAAAUCCUAACUAUGCAUAGACCUAGUCAGUUCCUUGAUUGCCUAGUUUUUAGCUUAAGAAAAAGUCAAGGUCUAUUUUUAUGCACAACUUGACACACUUGAUAUUCUUGUUUUCUUAGUAUUUUACACUUCUAGUCACACUUAAAGGAUGGUAGCAGUGUUCAGUAACAGUGACAGUUGAUUUUGAGAUAUACUAAAUGAUGUUACUCCAGUUAUAAAUUCUACUUAAGUCACAAGGAAGGAGUUCAUUGUAAUGAAGUCCGUGGUGACAGCUAUGAUUGUUGGAAUCCUUUUUUUAAAAACUCAAGGCACAAGGGAAGAGGACUUCUUCGUUGAAGUUUGACCUGCAUCAGCUAUUCUUUACUUGCUUAGUGCCAUAAUCCUGUAGCAUUUAAGUUCUUGGAAAAGUAACAGAUAAUGCUUGGGUACUUGGAAAUUUCUUGGAAAGAAAUUCUUGGUUUCAGGUACAUAUCCCAAGUGAGGAAAAAAGGGAGUGAAAAUUAAAUAUUGCAUACUGUGGAAGUAAAUGCUUGCUGUGUUUGACUUACAUGAAGCAAUAGCAGCUCUUUAAAAGUGUGUUUAGUCUCAGGGCUAUUUUUUGAUUUGUUCUAAAAUACAAUUUCCUGGAAUUCAGAGUCUGAGACUUUUGGAAAACACUGAAGCUGAGCCUUUUGGGAAGAAGAAAACAAAGUCAUAUCCAUUAACCUUUCUUCUGCCUGAGGCCUAACUUCUUUUUGCUUAUUGAGUUUGAUAGAAUUCAGUGGUACAGCAAUAAUUCCUUGCUGGAGUUCUAUCUGUUCUCUCCCUGCCAUCUCUGAAAUGCUGACCGAUGUCUUCCCAGUAACUGGGUGCCAGAGAUGUCCAUAUUUCCUUGCUGAAUGUUUUCUUGCUGGAGUACCUGACAGCUUCUCCAUGAAGCAGGGGGGGAGGGAGGGGCAAAGGAGGAUGCAUAGGAAGUCACCAGAAACUUUCAGUUACACAGCUCAUUUCUGCAGGGUGGCUUCUGGGGUGUCUGGAUUUCCAUUUGACUCGCUGUGUGCACACACACAUACAGUCUGCUGCUUUUGUCUGUAUGGUUUGAGGCAGGGCUGGUAUUUGUGACAACCUUUUAUUAUUUUUUUCCUAUGUACAGACUUGCAGACCUGUUCUCUUCCAGAACUGAUGCACCCUUACACGUAUCUCCAAAGCAAAGGUGGUGUAUUUUUCUUUCUUGCUCUCGUGAGGUUAAUAUAGCCUGCAAAGAAGACAUAAAAGCACCCAAACACUUGAGAAUAUCAGGACUGUGCUUCUUCAUAUAAUUCCAUAGUUUAAGUAUAUGCCCUUCAUAAAAUGUCAGAGCUGAAAGAUGUCAUUGUGGUUUAGACUCAAACCAUACAGGUUGGUAUGUUUUAAAACAAAAAUGUUGACUCUUAGAAAAGGCAAUAGAAGGUGUGUCCUUCCUAACCUAGGGAGGUGAAACACACUGGGGAACUAACUGGUUUUGUUGUAAUCAAAGGGUUCUUAUGGAAUUAUUUUUCUAAAUAUGGGUAUACAGGAAAACAAAAUGACCACUCAUUGCAAGAUGUACCCGUGUAUUUUCUUGAUGUGGCAUUGUGAGCGUUCAGAACUCUGAAACUCAGUUCUGCUCUUAAGAGUUUUGUUUAUACAAAGAAUGACCUAGGUGCAUUGUUUUGGAACUGUUACUUUGUGCAUCAAGUCAAGCAGGGAGAGAAUGUUAACUGUUCACAAGUGUUCCUGUACUCCAACUGAACCGCAACAGUCUCUUUCUGAAUGCUCCAAGUGUUAAUGGAGUCCUGUUACUGCUUGCUUUAUUUUGUUGCAUGUCAUCACCAAAUACUGAAGGUGUGGUCUUUGUUUCAUAGUUCUUCAUUGGGAUUUGUAUUUGACUACAGAGACUUCUGUAGUGUUGACAGGUCUAUCUGAAUAGCAGAAGAGGACUUGGCCUGAUAGCACUGCAAGUUAACAUUUCUUGCACAAGCUUCUUUUGAAACAAAUCUCUUUGGAAAAUCUAAUAAGUUAAAAAAAUAAGAAAACAAACCCCUUCUGAACACAUCGUCCGUCCUAAUUGUCAAUGUGCUGAUAGGUAAGAACAUAGCUUGGCUUCAUUCUAAAUUAUUUCAUUUACUGAAAUGUGCAAUUUUUGAGGGUAGCAGUCGAGGGAUGUUCAAAACUGCCAUUAGAUUUGCCUUUGUAUGAAAUUGGCUGAUAUGUUUUCCUCUGUUACACUGUGAUAACUUGUGGAGGUGUUCUUGCAUAUGUUGUUACUUGUUGCAUGUAAAGCAAUUUUUGUAAGCAAGAGGAAUUCCAGGGAUGUUCUGCAAAAAAGGGCCUAUUCUGAGGUGAUGUACACUGUUGUAAAACUGGAGCAGCUCAACUAAUUUCAAUGGAAUUCUUGAUUUACACUAGUCUUUUUGCUAUGUGUAGUUAUGCCAGUACAAUUUUGCACAAUGUUAUUUGAGUAUUGCGUUCUGACUUGUGAACUGUUUCUACUGAAAACAGUGAAAAUUUUACAAACUGCAAUAGCGGAAUGUUUUUGGCAUUUAUUUUUUUUUGCCUAAAAUAAAAAGUUGUCACUUCGA